UCGUACGUGCAGGUUGUGACGUCACGUAGAGGGCGUGGGCAUGGUUUACAUCAACAAAAGGGGGAAAGACUCAGAAAACAGAAGAUCUUGUUCAAGAAAAUGGCCGUCUAACAUUUAAGGUUUCCUUGAGAUAACCGAAAGAAAACAGAGUAUCGACAUGGAGUUCUUCAGGCUGAUGAAGGAGCUGAAACAGAACCUGGAGCAGGAAAGCCUGUAUCUGCCCAAAAAAUCUGGACUGGAGCUGAUCGAGUCAAACUCUGAGGGGAUUUCUGCACAAUGUCGCAACGCCAAAGUAGAGGACCUCUGGAGCUUGACCAGCUUUUUUGGCUACAGCACACAGACUUUUGUCCAGGCUGUUAAUCUGCUGGACAGAUUUAUUGCUAUAAUGAAGAUUCAGCCCAAACAUCUAGCCUGCGUCAGCAUCAGCUGCCUUCACAUUGCUGCCAAUGUCGUAGAGGAUGAGUGGGAUGUGUCUUCAAUGCACGAGCUGAUCCGCAUCGGCCAGUGCAAGUUCACCGUGUCGGACCUCAGGCGCAUGGGGACCAUCAUCUCAGAGAAACUCAACUUCAAGUUCCAAGCCGUCACCGCCUUAACGUUUCUGCGCCUGUAUCAUGCGAUUGUACUGUUGCAUACCUCAAGCAGGAAAGAAGUUCUCAGCCUAGACAAGCUGGAAGCCCAGCUUAAAGCCUGCCUUUGCCGCAUUGUGUUCUCCAAAUCAAAACCAUCGGUGCUAGCUCUGUCACUCAUCAAGCAUGAGACUGAGGCCUUGAAGUCAGUUGACUUGAUUCAGAUCAUCCAGUCCAUUCAGACACACUUGAUGAUCUCUGAUACUGAGCUGCAGCCGUGGAAAGGCCGGGUGGCCCAGUGCCUGGUGCAGUACUCCUCGCCUACAUGCUGCAAACCCAAUCACAGGAAGUUGGUGUGGAUCGUGUCCCGGCGCACGGCCCAGAACCUGCACAGAAGCUACUGUGGCGCGCCAGAGCUGCCCACGAUCCCCGAAGACUGCUGGAGUGAGAGUGAGGACUGGAGUGAAGAGCUGAGCUCUGGGGAGGAGUCUCUCAGCAGUUCAUUGGGAAGUGACGCAGAGGGGCCUUACUUCCCUGCCCACUUUCAAAAAAAGAAGGCUGCCUAAAUGGGUGCUCCGCUGAUCCGAGGCCAUUCUAUCAGAAAGGAACCUCAAAACAUGGCAGCAGCAGCUUCAUCUGCCUUACAAUACAAAACUCCAGCUUCCGUUGUGAUGUCAGCAACCACUCGGACCUCUCCAUGUUAAAGAGCCACAGUGCCUGGGUUCCUCUUUAGAUAUUACUUGAAUAGUAUGGCUUUUUUUUUUUUUUUAUUAUUUAUUUACUUUAAAUCUCUAUAUUCUAUUUCAUAUACUGUAGCUAAUACUGAUCAUUCUUUCUUCCGAUUGUAACUUAAGUUAAAAAAAAUUGCACAGGCAGCUAAGGUUUACAACCUGGGGAAAAAAAAAAAAAGUGUUAAUAAUUGUUGGUGCAUGUUCAGGUUUGCCACAUUCCAGGAGACAACAGAAUCCUUCAAUAUCUGUGAGACUGUUUAACAACUAAGGACUGUUGAUUUCUGGGACAUUUACCCCAGUACUGUGCACAGUUUUAUAUAACGAUUGUCAUGGAUACUUGUCCGGAUCAAUCGCUUUUCAGACUGUGCUCAGGUUGAGACAGUCAGGUUGUGUUUUGUUUGUGUGUGUGUAUGCUUUGGUAUGUUUGAGUUCGGUGACGUGACUUGCCAGGUUAGGUUUAAAUUAGCCAAAGUGUGUGUGUGACUGAAAAAAAGGAAAUGCUUGAAGAAAAAAAAAAGCCACAAAAUGUAAAAAUGUCAAUACAAAAAAAAUGUAAAUUUGUAUAAUGUACAAAAAAAUGUAUAGUAAGUUGUAGAUACUAACUUUUAUUUAUUAUUAUUUUUGUCAUGUUAUAUAAAACUAAGUAUUUUUCAA